AUGGCCAAAAGGAGUUCUUUGUUCAUCCGCAUAGUGGAGGGGAAAAACUUGCCCGCCAAGGACAUUACAGGAAGCAGUGACCCUUACUGUAUAGUGAAAAUCGACAAUGAAGCCAUCAUCAGGACAGCCACAGUAUGGAAAACUCUGUUCCCUUUCUGGGGCGAAGAAUAUGAGGUCCACCUGCCUCCUACUUUCCACUGCGUAUCCUUCUACGUGAUGGAUGAAGAUGCACUAAGCCGGGAUGAUGUGAUCGGGAAAGUCUCCCUUACCCACAGCCUGCUGGCUGAACAUCCCAAAGGUUAUAGCGGCUGGCUGAACCUCACCGAAAUCGACCCGGAUGAGGAAGUGCAAGGGGAACUUCACCUCCGGAUUGAAAUCGUGGGCAGUGAGGCGGCCAAAAAGCUGCGAUGCCAGGUGUUCGAUGCUCGGGAUUUGGCCCGGAAGGACCGGAAUGGAGCCUCCGACCCCUUUGUCAGAGUUCGUUAUAACGGCAAGACCCAGGAGACUUCAGUGAUCAAAAAGUCCUGCUAUCCAAGAUGGAACGAGACAUUCGAGUUUGACCUGGACGAGUCUGCCCCAGAGAAGCUGUGUGUCGUAGAGGUUUGGGACUGGGACCUUGUCAGCAGGAACGAUUUUCUGGGGAAGGUGGCGUUCAAUGUCCAAGGACUCCUUACUGUUCAGCGAGAGGAAGGCUGGUUUCUCCUCCGACCAGACAAAUGCAAGCCACCACAGGAUGAAGGCAACCUGGGUGCCUUACACCUCCAAGUGCGCCUUCGGGAUGAGAUGGUGCUCCCUUCCAGCCACUACCAGCCUCUUGUACAACUUCUGUGCCAAGAAGUUAAGGCGGCGGCACAGGACAGGAAAGCGCAUUUAAUAACCCUCAUCGAUGAAACCACAACUGCUGAGUGCAGGCAGGAAGUUGCUAUCAACCUUGUCAAGCUCUUCUUAGGUCAAGGGUUAGCCAAAGAGUUACUGGAUCUUCUCGUCAAGCUAGAAUUGGACAAAACCGAUGAGCCAAACACACUCUUUCGGAGCAACUCUCUGGCCUCGAAGUCGAUGGAGUCUUUCCUGAAGGUGGCAGGAACGCAGUAUCUCCACAGGGUCCUGGGCCCGACCAUCAACCGCGUGUUCGAAGAGAAGAGAUACAUCGAACUGGACCCCAGCAAAGUGGAGAGCAAGGACGUUGGGUGCUCCAGCCUCCAUCGGACUCUGAGCGAAAGCGACCUGAUCCAACAGAGCGUCCACCUCCUUCGGUCCUACUUGACCGACCUUCUCGCUGCCGUCGCCAAGUCCGUCAAGCUGUGUCCCGCCGUCAUCCGCGCCACCUUUCGCCAGCUUUUUAAGAGGGUUGGAGAACGUUUCCCCGAAGAGAAAGACCAGAACGUCAAGUUCGUGGCCAUCACCAGCUUCCUCUGCCUGCGCUUCUUCUCUCCGGCCAUUAUGUCCCCCAAACUGUUUCACCUGCGAGAGAAGCACGCCGACGCCCGCGCCAGCCGGGCCCUGCUGCUCCUGGCCAAGACAGUCCAAAACGUGGGGAAUAUGGAUCCGGGCGUAAGUUGCAUCAAGGAAGGCUGGAUGGCCCCUCUGCAACCCACCAUCCAGGAGGGCGUGGCCCAGAUGAAGCAGUUCAUCCUCCAGCUGAUAGACAUUGAGGAGAAAGAAGAACUGGACUUGGAGAAGGCCCUCACCUUGCCGAGCCAGGUGGUAAAAGAGGGGCCUUUGUUCAUCCACAAGGCCAAAAACAAAGGCCCUCUCCUGUCGUCUUCCUUCAAGAAGCUCUACUUUGCCCUUACUAGCGAGGCCCUCACCUAUGCCAAGACACCCAACUCCAAGAAAAGCGCCUUCAUCACUCUGGCCAACAUCCGGGCGGCCGAGAAGGUGGAAGAGAAAAGCUUCGGGAGCUCCCACGUCAUGCAGAUUGUCUACACCGAUGAGGCCGGGCAGGCAGAGACAGUUUAUCUGCAGUGCAAGUGCGUCAACGAGCUCAACCAGUGGCUGUCAGCCUUGAGGAAGGUCUGUGUGAACAACACGGGGAUGUUGGGCUCCUACCACCCGGGCAUCUUCCGGGGAGAGAAGUGGAGCUGCUGCCACCAAAAGGACAAAACAGUUCUGGGCUGCGACAAAACUCGGCAUGGAGUUACUCUGCGGGAAUGGAAUGACCCCUUGGAUCCAGAUUUAGAAGCUCACUUGAUAUUCCGGCAUCUGCUUGGAGUCCAAGAGGCGAUGAAGGAAAAGUACCUGGAAUUGUUGAUGCUGGAGAAAGGAGAGGACCUUCCUCUGAAUCAAAGUGAAGAUCUUGACAUUGCUGAUGGACCCACCCAGCUUUUCCGAGUGCUGCAGGAUCUGGAGGAAGUUCACGACAAGGAACUCUCCCGCUUGAGGGAUCUGGCUGAUCAGGAGCGGAACUGCCUGGUGGAUCUGCAGACGUGACUCCGGCACAAACAAGACGUUCCGGCCAGGCCCGAUUCUGCCACGUCCAU